AUGACAUCCGUAUGGAACUUUAGUUUCGAUUUUGGGAUCAGAAAUUGGACACGGCCAACUGCUCCAGUUGGAGUCAUGCACGAUGGAAAUCAUGGCCUGUUCGCAGUCGCGGUAACGGAGGACUUGUCUGAAUACUAUGAUGAUCCAAAGAAAGGAGGCGUCAGGACUUGGGAUAUCAGUGGACUAGAUUACUUUUUACCAUUCUGGCAGGCCAAUCCGUAUUAUCGUCAAAGGCUCGCGGAUAUGUUUCCUGAUGGUCGGGUUGCUUACCACGUCUUGCGAAAAACUGUGGCUCUGAACACUAAACUACAAGGUUUUCUAUCAAACUUUACGUCAACUCGUUUUCGGCCUUAUAUGGUUGGAAUUCACGUCAGAUCCCGCAAAUUAAACAAUAUCGCGUCCAUGAGAACAUAUGCUAUGAUAGCUCUAGAGCUCGGAACCGCAUCAGGUGUCCUCCCAACUGAUGUUGGCUUCUAUAUGGCCACUGAUAACCAAACCACGAAGGAAGAGUUAAAGAAUUGGCUGGGGCAACGAGCGACAAACUUACCAGUAGAUUUUAACAGAAAAAACAGUGCGAACAAUCCUGGUGGGUCAGAUGAAGAUGCCGCACUGGACUUUAUGAGUUUGGCUUCUUGUGACGUAGCAGUCACCACCUUCGCCUCCAGUUUUGGUCAAUGGGCGGCUGCAAUGAAGGGCACUCCUUACGUGACAAUAGGUCUAGGACUCAAGGAUUACGAUGAUCCGAGAAGAACCACAUUUUGGCACAGCAUCAGAGCAGAGCCAUGCUGUUUCAGUGUCAAAGGAUUUGUAGGGAAUCCUGAAGCUGGAUCUUAUGAUAUAGCUACAGUAGAGGCUGAGCACAGAAAUGCUCUUGCCAACGGCGAUCUCAAAGCAAUCGACGAUAAGCGGAAGCAUCGGGCAGUUUCCUUAUUGCUGGCCUCCAAAUCAUUCUACCAUCACUCACAAUGUCACCCAUAG